AUGGAUGCAAGUCAACAGCAACAUGAACUAAGCUCCAUCUAUCAGGAGUACAAAUCAUUUUUCCCAAAAAGUGAACUAAAUCUAGAAAAAGAACCAAAACAUAUCGAGUUAACCACAAUCGAGGGCCAAUCUAUUAAAGCAACAGUCGAUUUACGAGGCUGGUCUCAGAUAUCACUCACACCAGCUCGUCACUACGAAACUUUUGAGGCAAUGAUGCAAGAUUUGAGCCCGUGUUUUAGAGACAAGUUUGGUUCAGAACUUGCAAAUAGAUUGAAUAGCUUACUACAAUGA